AUGGGCAGGCUCGACGGCAAGGUGGCUCUCAUCAGCGGCGGAGCGCGCGGUCAGGGUGCGGUGGAGGCCAGGAUGUUCACCUCCGAAGGCGCGUGCGUAGUAUUCGGCGAUAUCCUCGACGACGAGGGCCGCCGGGUGGAGGCCGAAAUCCGGGAACUCGGCGGUCAGGCCACCUACGUCCACCUGGACGUGACCAGCGAAUCCGACUGGCAGGCCGCGGUUGCUGCCGCCGUCGCCGAGUACGGCAAGCUCAACGUGCUGGUCAACAACGCCGGCAUAGUGCUUGGCCGCAGCAUCGAAGAGAUGACCGUCGAGGAAUGGGACCGCCUCUUCGACGUCAAUGCCAAGGGCGUGUUCCUGGGUACCAAGGCUUCCUUGCCAGCCCUGCGGGAGGCCGGCGGCGGUAGCAUCGUGAACAUAUCUUCCACCGCCGGCCUGGUAGGCAACGACUACAACCUUGCCGGCUACAGCAGCACCAAGGGAGCCGUGCGGCUUUUCACCAAGUCCACCGCCAUUCAGCAUGCUGCCGAGGGUAUUCGCUGCAACUCCGUCCAUCCCGGCCCGAUCGACACUCCCAUGCUGCAGGAAUCUCGCGCCAAUCGGGGCAGCGGGCUCAGCGACGAGGAACAGCGCCAGCGGGUGCCCCUCGGCCGCAUCGGUCGCCCCGAGGAUAUUGCCUACGCCGUGGUCUACCUGGCGUCCGACGAGGCGUCGUUUGUCACCGGAAGCGAAGUCGUCGUGGACGGCGGGCGCACUGCCAUGUAA